AUGAUUGGGAACACAGUGGACUGCAUAGGGGCAAAUUGGGGAACUCAGGCGACCCACCCUCUGCCGCCCCGGGCGGUGGCGAGGCUGCUGAGGGGCAAUGGGUUUCAGAAAGUGAAGCUGUUUGAUGCCGAGGAUGGUGUUUUGAGGGCUCUGAGUGGGUCGGGGAUUGAGGUCAUGGUUGGGAUCCCAAAUGAUAUGUUGGCCACAAUGGCUCAGAGCAUGAGUGCUGCUGAUUUAUGGGUUCAGAACAAUGUUUCGGCUCAAAUCUCUUCUAAUAAUGUGGACAUCAGGUAUGUAGCGGUGGGGAACGAGCCGUUCCUAUCAACGUACAACGGCACUUUCGAGUCCACGACCUUCCCAGCCCUCCAAAACAUCCAGGCGGCCCUCAUCAAGGCCGGGCUCGGCAAUCGUGUCAAGGUAACCGUCCCUCUCAACGCUGACGUCUACCAGAGCCCCUCCCAACUCCCAUCCUCCGGCGACUUCCGGCCCAACAUCCGCGACCUCAUGCUCCAAAUUGUCACCUUCCUCGCCCAGAACGGCUCCCCCUUCACCGUCAACAUCUACCCUUUCAUCAGCCUCUACAACGACCCGGGAUUCCCAAUCGACUACGCCUUCUUCAACGGCUACUCGUCCCCGAUAAUCGACGGGACCCGCACCUACACGAACGUCUUCGACGCCAAUUACGACACCCUCGUCUGGGCACUUCAGAACAACGGCUUCCCCAACAUGACCAUCAUCGUGGGCGAGGUCGGGUGGCCCACCGACGGGGACCGCAACGCGAACCCGGGCUACGCCCAGCGGUUCAACCAGGGCUUCCUGUCGCGAGUCAACCAGGGGACGCCCAUGAGGCCCGGCCCGAUCGAUGCGUACCUUUUCAGCCUCGUGGACGAGGACGCGAAGAGCAUCCAGCCGGGGAAUUUCGAGCGCCACUGGGGGAUUUUCUACUACGACGGCACCCCAAAGUACAACCUCAGCUUGGGGGGGCCCAGAGGCGGCGAGGGGGUAGUGGGGGCAGAGGGGGUCCGGCGCCUCCCGGGGAGGUGGUGCGUGAUGUCCGGGGGGGCGAGUCUGGACGACCCGCAGGUGGCGAACAGCGUGGCCUACGCGUGCUCCAGGGCCGACUGCACGAGCCUCGGGUACGGGACCUCGUGCGGGAGCCUGGACGGGAUGGGGAACGUGUCGUACGCGUUCAAUAGCUACUACCAGAUCCAGGACCAGCGGGCGGACGCGUGCAGGUUUGCGAACCUGUCGGUGGUUGUUACGCGGGACCCGUCGGUCGGGACGUGCCGGUUUGGGGUCAUGAUCGACACCAGAGGAGGGGGGAGCGGGUGGGGCCCGCCUGGUUUGUUGAUUAGGAUUGUUGUGUUGUUGGUGGCCAUUUUUGCUUAG